ACUGUUACUAUUAUUAUAUAUUACUACUACUAUAGCGAAUAGUGAUUAAACAUAUUUUUUAAAAUUUUAUUUUAAAUUGGUUUGUCUGGGAAUCGGUUCAAUUUCAUAUUUUUUAUUAUUUUAAAAUCAAUUUUGUCUGAUCCAACUUCUGAUAAUGACGAAAGUAUCUUUUUCGACGUUGGCGUAUUGUAAAAUCGUCGCCCAUGCAGCCAAAUAUCCUCACUGUGAAGUAAACGGACUACUGGUCGCCGAAAACUCGACCAAAGGAGAUAAGUUAGUUAUAGUGGAUACUGUUCCAUUGUUCCAUCAGUGUCUCCACGUGUCUCCGAUGUCGGAGAUCGCUUUGAUGCAAAUUGACCAAUCGGCCAGCACGUGCGAUAUGUACAUUGCUGGCUAUUAUCUAGCCAACGAGACGUUGGAUGACUUAAGUUAUGAUAAACCAGCCCAUAAGAUUGUGGAUAAGAUUGUUGAACACGAGUCAGAUGUCUGUAUGGUUGUGAUCAAUAAUCGAUUAAUGGAGUUAAAUCAAAAAGAAAGUGCACUAAUAGUACAUACACAAGAUGAUGGAAAAUGGAAACGUCUUAAUAACUCAAACGUACAAAUAGAAAAUGUAACACUGGCUGCUGCAUCAGCUGUAUUACAACAACAGCUCUAUAAUAAUUUAGUAGAUUUUGACAAUCAUUUGGACAAUUUGUCUUUAGAUUGGCUUAAUGCAGAAUUUUCUAACUGUGUGGAAAGAACAUCGGGACAUGACAUUGGAAGAAGGCUGAUGAUUAAUAAAUCAGUUUCUUGACAAUUGGAAUGGGACGAGGGAAUGAAACAAAUUAAAUUUUGAUAAAUUAAUUUUAGAUGAGUAUUAAGAAUUUUUUUUUUAGUUCAAUUAUCAAUGAUUAUUUUGUUUUCAUAUUACUUUUUAUUAUUUCAAAUCGAAAUUAUGUAAACCAAAUUGUUUUAAAUUCUUCUAAUUAUAGAUAAACAUUAAAUGAAUAAUUUAUUUAGUACUUACUAAAAAUAAAUUAUUCCAUAGUGUCUGGGAUUUAUCAUUUUUUGUUCUAAAUAUUGUUUUGUUAUGCUUUUAGCUAUUUUUAGUAUUUUUAUGUUACUUAAUAUAAUACAUACUUUAUAAUGGGAUUAUAAAAUAUUUUUUAUUACAAUGUUGUCUAUAAGACUAUAAUUAUAUAUGUAUUCACCAUUUAUAUAGGAUUUACAAAUAACAACACAUACAAUUGUGCAUAUUGUAUAGAAAAAAUAUUUAUAUCACUAACGAUUAACAUUAUUUAUGUUUUUGAAAUUGUUAAUGAUUUAUGUACAGAAUAUAAAGGUAUACAAUAUGUAUUUAUAUUUAUUAAAUUACAGUCAUUUUUUUGUUUAUUAUUUUAUACUUUAUACUUACAAAAUAAGUAUAUUUUAUAAGAUAUCUUAAAUUUAUAUAAAAUAUUGAUAAAGUAAUUUUUAUGUCUUGGUAAAAGUUUUUAGAUAUAGCUGCAUAAUAUGUAUUUAUGAAUCACACUGAAUUAAUUUUUCCAAGGUAAAAGAACAACGAGAAAAUUGUUAUUUUUAAGUAUGUUUAAGUAUGUAUUAAUAAAUCAUAAAAUUCAUAAUAA